UACAUUAGUUACUUUUUACGUGUUGGGUUAUAUACGUGUUUCAUUAGCAAUUAAAUGUCUUUAUUUAGGCUUAUGUACUGGUCCUUUCGUCCUAAUUUCAUUAAUUAUAUUUUGCAGUCAUGAUAAACCAGUGUAUAUUAUACAAAUAUAAAAAAGAUUACUCUGCAUGCGUUUUUUAGUUAAUAAACUAGUUGACGUAUUUAUCCACCAUCUAAUUUUGUAUGAAGCGAUCUCGAUAAUUCUUUUACUGUCUAAAUAUCCUGUUCGUCGAGCAUCUAUUCAGUUUAUGUGAAUCAUUUGUAGAGAAAGUUAGUGUCGAAGUGCGACUUGAACAACCUAACUAGUAUUUACAUAGACCUCAUAUGUUUUUUCUAAAGCUUUGCCAGUUUGCCAAAAAUAUGUGAUACGAUUAAGGUGAUACGUUUGUGCAAGUGAUAAUAAAGUGUUUAUGGAUAAAUGUAAGGCAGUUCAAGAAACGGCGUUGGUUCUUAGAGUGUGUUUAGUGGCAAAAAUGUUGGCGUCAGCGGCUUCCGCCAACCUGAGUCGGCAUUCGCUCUCCGCCAUGUUCCAGAAGCGACGUUCGGUCGAUAGGCCUCUAAUUAUGAGUCGUCCAGAGAAACCCGCGCUGGGAACAAGGCCGCCACCGCCCGCGGCCAUUGUGCCAAAAUCCGCAGAUGGUCCGCGCCCUCCCGGGUGGAACGGCCAACCGCGGCGGCACGGCUCCAGCCGUUUCAACGUGCACAAUCACAAUCAAGAACUUGUCAAACUACCCCCUUUAAAAGAUGCACCGGCACCUGAGCAGGAGCAGCUAUUCGUGCAGAAACUGCGACAAUGUUGCCUACUAUUCGACUUUGCGGAUGAACCGCUGUCGGACUUAAAAUGGAAGGAAGUGAAACGAGCCGCCCUGCUCGAGAUGGUCGAGUACGUCACCUCGCAGCGGGGCGUCAUCACAGAAGCUAUUUACCCCGAGGCGGUUAAUAUGUUUGCGACAAAUUUAUUCCGAACAUUACCGCCGUCGUCAAAUCCGAACGGUGCGGAAUUUGAUCCAGAAGAGGAUGAACCAACGUUAGAAGCAGCAUGGCCCCACCUACAGCUCGUCUACGAAUUGUUCCUUCGACUUCUAGAAUCACCUGACUUUCAGCCCAAUAUUGCCAAAAAGUACAUCGACCAGAAAUUCGUUUUACAGUUACUAGAACUGUUCGACACAGAGGACCCGCGAGAGCGUGACUUCCUCAAGACAACUCUGCACAGGAUAUACGGAAAGUUCUUAGUUCUACGCGCUUACAUACGGAAACAAAUCAACAAUGUAUUCUAUAGGUUUAUAUACGAAACUGAGCAUCAUAACGGCAUCGCAGAAUUACUAGAGAUACUCGGCUCCAUCAUCAACGGUUUCGCGUUGCCGCUUAAGGAAGAACACAAACUGUUCCUACUGAGGGUGCUGUUGCCACUGCACAAAGUGAAAUCACUAUCGGUAUACCAUCCGCAGCUGGCCUACUGCGUCGUACAGUUCCUGGAGAAGGAUCCGUCGUUAACGCAACCGGUCGUUAGAGCUUUAUUAAAAUAUUGGCCGAAGACACACUCGCCCAAGGAGGUGAUGUUUCUCAACGAAAUGGAAGAGAUUCUAGACGUGAUAGAGCCGGCGGAGUUUCAGAAGAUCAUGGACCCGCUGUUCAGGCAGCUCGCGAAAUGUGUUUCCAGUCCACACUUUCAGGUCGCAGAACGCGCCCUGUACUACUGGAACAACGAGUACAUAAUGUCGCUGAUAUCGGACAACGCGACGCACAUCCUGCCGAUCAUGUUCCCCUCCCUCUACCGGAACACGAAGAGUCACUGGAACAAGACCAUACACGGCUUGGUGUACAACGCACUGAAACUGUUCAUGGAAAUGAACCAGAAACUGUUCGAUGAAUGCACUCAGCAGUACAAGCAGGAGAAACAGAAGGAGCGCGAGCGGCUGCAGCAGCGCGAGGAGCUGUGGCACAAGCUGGAGGCGCGCGCCGCCGCCAACCCCGCCGCGCGCGCCCCGCCCCGCGCGCCGCCCGCGCCGCCCGCGCACCCGCCGCCCGCCCUCGAGCCCGACGCGCUCGACGUGCGCCCGAAAACAGAACUACAACGCCAGCAAGCCUCUCCUCAGGAAGAAGUCCGAGCUCCCCGCGGACACGUCGACGGUGAAGGCGCUGAUCGAGCACAAGCGGGCCGACGCCUACCUCGCGACGCCGCCGGACGCCGACCAGUGUUAGCCAUGUCCGCCCCUAUUGUGUCCCAGUACGAGCUAAUUUCACAUGGAGACAUUGACGUCGCCGUUCAUUAUCGACUGCGUCGAAAGGUAAUAUAGUUCAAAUAUGUGAAAACCGCCCAGAGCCGAUUAGUGCUAAAAAUUUCCAAACUGAACACAUAGACGUGUGAACUUCGUGACGUCACCUAUCAACGUCGCUGGGAGUAUCGAGUCGAGGUGACGUGAAUAUGUGACUUAUAUUUCAUGGAAAUUGUUGCCAAAUUGUGAUACUUUACCCGGAGUUGACUGUUGAAUAUUUCGCUCAUCAUUUACAAGAGCGUUGACUUAUAUAUUGUUGGAAAACUAAAGUGCUAUUAGAUUUUGAUACGAUUGUUAAAUAUACCCAAAAUUCUUCCUUGUACAUCUAAAUCCCUUCGGCGGCUGGUUCAUAUUUACAGAUAGUAAGGUGUUGAGACAGUUAGGUGCUACACUUUGAUUGAGUUUCCAACAAUAAAUGAGUAUAAACAAAAAAUAAAUAUAUUAAUAACAAUUGUAUUAAGUUGUAUACAUAACAUAUAAAUUUUAUAUCUUAUUAGAUUGCAUUCAAACGAAAUUUCUGGCAAUUUCAAUAUUUUUAUUAUUAAUUCAUUUACUAAUAAAAUAUCAAGAACAAUUUGGAAAAUGGCACCAAAUAAACAGCCUCGAAGUAAAUCGAUAAAUGUAAUUAUUUUUUUAAUCGUAAAGUCAUUAAUGUAUUUAUUUUUUUAAUUCCAGUCACUCAACACAAGGUUGUUAUGUAGUCAUUCGGUCAGUUAACGAAUGCAAUCUAAUAGGAAUUCCAUUUAAUAUAUCUUAACAUAGUAGUCAUCGCACCGCUUUAGACUUAACAUAAAGUACACAUCAAAAAGUAUUUACUAAAAUUCUCAACAAUAGUUAUAUAAAAUAGUUUAUGUAAAACAAACACAGAUUAUAUAUUAAUUAUUAUUAGCAAUAUACACGAACAUUUUUAAACAUAAUGAACUAAAUAAUAAUGUUGGCAUUACCAUUUCGGUGUUUUAUGUGUUUAGUAAUUGUUGAUGUCAGGGUGACAGUUGAAACCGCCAUUUUUGAUAGAAUUCUUCGUUAGAAGCAAGUCAAUAGCGAUGACAAAAGGACGCUACAGUGAAGUGAUGUGAUGCAUUGUUCAUAUAUUAUAGUUAGUUUUAAAAAUGACUUAACCGUCACACAGAAAGCGUCUUGUAAUACAAAAUAGAAUUUAAAACGUUUUUUUUUUUUUUUUGUUAAUAAUUUAUUUGAUUCGAUUCGAAACGUCCAAGGACACUUUCUAUAUGACGGUAUUCACUAUUAUAUCGUUCAUUGUCUGUCCCUUAUCUCCUUAACAUAGAUAGAAUGUUAAAUUAUCACAAGUCUUCUAAAUGGGACGUUUUUGUAUGAAACAGGAAAUUAGGAACCUUAUAAAAAGACAGCUUCUAAAUUUUUUCAAAUAAAUGCUUUCUAAAUAUUAAAACAUAGAAAAUUUUAUGAAUUCUAUGCCAGUACCUAACUAGCAUCUUAAAAAAAAUUUUCAACUGCAAAAAUCAUUCCAGGUUAUAUUUUUUCUUAACAAAUUAAGAAUAAUGUUCUUAUUUCUUCUUUUUACUUAUACUAUUCACUUGUAUAAUUAUUUUUCUUUUUAUCAUAUAAUAAUUAUUAAUUACCUUCAUCUGCCUGAACUCUAAAGUUUUCGUUUAAUUUUUUUUUAUCGUUUCUUAUACUUUAUAAAUUACAUUGUUGCGCCUUCGUAUUUUUUCUAUUAAUAUAUGAUGCGCAUUACAAAAUAAUGCAAUUAAAAUGUUUUUUAAAUAUAUAAAAGAAAAAGGUUCGACAAAUUAUCUUAAUUUAAUGAAAUAUAAAUAUUAUAUCGUUUAAUUAUUUAAACGUAAAACAAAAGAACAUAAAAAUUCUAAAUUUAAAAUUUUAAUUGUCAUGGAGAUCACUAAUUAAUGAUAAAAUUAUAUUGUAAAUGAUCUAGUAACAGAUUAUAAAUUAAUGCUUUAAUAUAGGCGUCUAAAAAAAUUUCAUUGAAUCACCAUAAAAAUACUGAUGGUGCCUUUUGUGGAAGCUAUUAUUUUAUACGCAGAAAAUAAUUUACAAAGUAACAUAUAAUAUUUCGGUUACUAAAUCACGUGGUGACGCCAGGGACAGACUAAAUAGAUUACACUAGAUAAAAAGGUAUAGGCGCUUAGUUAGCCAUAGUUAAUUUAUAAAUUUCCACACAGCCUAUUUAAAUAAUAUUAAUUGGUAUGGCACGUCUUCUGCAUUUUUAUAUUUUUUAAUUUUAAUUUUUUUUUGUUAAAUGCAGUGUGCCAAAGUGAUUAUGUUGAAGCCAUUUCUGUCAGAUAAAAUUCUAAGCACUGUCAGAACGUAAAUGUUUUAUGUGUAAAAUUGUAAUUAUAUGAAUGCGUAAUAGUAAGGGAUAAGAAUGCGUGUGUUUGUGGUUGAGAACACCUUUAUUCUGUAUUUAUUAGAAAUCAAAUUUAUUUUUAUUAUUAUUAUUGUUUUGUAUCGCAUCAGUCGUUUUAUACGGUGUCAGGAUUUUUUUAACGUUAAAUGAAUAAAUUGACUGAAUUUUGAAGAAUAACUGUAACAGUUAUAACUAUCUUACACCUUAAUGGAAAUUAAGAAUUUUGUAAAUGCAAUAACUACUAUAGUCACCUCAGCAAGCUCUUGCGAACACCUUCGUCGACGUCGGCGCAGCCAGUGCACGCCCAGGGAGCCGCCGGGGAAAGCAGAUCGUUCACAUCCAUUGUUAAUGAGAAAGUUAGUUAAUAAAAAUCAUUAAUAACUGUUAACAAUAUUUAAUAUUAAUGUUUACGUCUAUGAAAGUUAUAUAACAAAUAGUAAGACUUCGGUAUUGUUCUCGUGUGUCUGCCUGGGCGCCGGGCCCAGGCCGGCCCGCCUGGCUACGCGGACGUUUAUCUAUUGUUACGGUAUUAUUAAUGAAACAUCGAGUGACUGGAGCCAUCGAGUAGCGUCUAUAUAAAAUUUAUAUGUAAGUUAUGACUAAGCCAGUGUAUAUGAAACGGUAUAUUUUGCUUCCGGUAAGCGAAAAUGUGCAAUUUUAUAAGAAAUUAUUCGUUUUAAGCGAUUGACACGGUCACUCGGUGUGUAGCGAGUAGGUGUAGAUCUCUGCGUGUGGCGAGUGACUGGACUGACCACUUUAGCGAUAAUUUGCAAAGCUGUUCAAAUAAAAUGAUAAAUUUUGUAUAAAUAUUUAUAACGAUAAUGUAACUGUUGAAAUAAAAUAUUGUAACAGAUGACAUAUUGUAAGGUGCUUAUGAUUAUCGUUAUAAUACAAAGUUGUGCAUAUA